UUGCCCACAAUCACACACAACAUCCAUUAGCUGUGUCAAGAGGUGCUGUAUCGCUGCCUUUUACACUGCCAGUUAACGAGUUCAAUUGAAUAAUACAGAAUUGUACUACUACCAUCACCAUCCAGUCAUUGUUCAGCUGAAGACAUGAUCAACUUCACACUCACAGUUCUUCUUCUCAGCUGUGUCGUAGUUAAUAGUUAUGCCGAAUGUCAAGAUCCCUUCAUACAAAUUGGGGAAUCUUGUUACUAUUUCUCCGACCUGCUACUAAGCUACCAAGAGGCUCGAAAGUACUGCCGGUCUCUGAGUGCCAACCAUCGCGCAGACUUGGCAGUGUUCGACCAGAUCGAUUGCGACUACCAUCACGUCUUCAGCCACAUGCAUCAGUAUGAAUUAUACAAUACUUACUGGAUUGGCGGCACAGACCAAGAGGUUGACGGCUUCUGGAUAUGGGUAGAUGGUCGACCCAUAGACCUCAAGGCCUCCUACUGGAGUAAAGAUGAGCCAGCAGUCAGUGAUACAAAUAACUGCCUUGUGAUGUUCUCAAGGUCAGAGAUUGUAACUAGAAUACGACUUGAAGAUUUAACCUGUUCCUAUCCCCAUUACUUUCUGUGUCAGCUAGAUGUUCUUAGUGUUAUAUAAAUGACACCAGCUGUAAUACAAGACGUGGCUGGCAUCAUACAGUACACCAGUUAUGUGCUAUGGCCCCCUACUAAGGUAUAACAUAGUACAAACUGAAUAUUAAACUUCAGUAAAUACCCUGAGUACCAGACACCUGAGUAAUGACACGUCCGAAUAACAACACAAAUCUUGGAAAACUUUAUUUAAAAAUCCAAAGAAAUAUUUUGGUAUCUUGCGGGUCAUUGUUAUUGUCAUGGAGCGAAGAAUUGGAAAUUAUUCCCUUUUA